CCCUCCUCCUCCCUCCCUGCUCCUCUCUCCGGGCCGAAUGCUGAUUCACUCUCACACUUUGGCAGCUCAGCGAAGAGAUUUUGUUGCCUUUCUCAUCUGACAUAGCUUAAGAAUAAGAGUGAAACCAAACAAGGAAAUGGGACUGUAUUUAAAGACCACGGCAUGCCUCUUUCUGUUUGUCCAAGCCUUUCACUUGGCAUCGCUCCAAAAUCCAACCGACUCUCCGGGGCGGACAAUUGAUAAAAGCUGGCUCCGUGAAUUGGACAAGAAAGUUGCUAAACCUCAUGAUGCUGCAUAUACUGACAAGGGCGCAGAGAAUGAGAGUUCUGUAGCUACUACUAUGGAUCCAAUUAAUGAAAACAGCAGUGGGAAAGCAUCUGGCUCCAUGGUAAUAUUUACUGAGGAAGAGAGGAAUCUGGCCGACCAAGAACAGAGACAAGAAGAAACAUCUGAUGAUCUGACUGUUGUCACUACCACAUUUCCCACAAGAACAAAGCAACCUGAAUUGCCAGGCACCGCUGUCUCUCCAACUCGUGCUGCCACAGAUUCCACUAACUCAAGAAAGAUCAACAUGACAGUAGCUGAGGAGGAAUUACAAAACUCCACGACUACUCCACAAAACUCCUCAACUGAGCUGAGCACACAGAACUCCACCAGUGUUUCAGAUCACUCCAAUACCACGGAUUCACAGAAAACAACUUUGGCUCCAAAGAGCAACACUACUCAAGAAUCCACGACAAAACCCCACCAAGACACAGGGAUAACUAAGUCUACAGAACGUAACAGCAACACAACUUUACCAACCACAGUGAAGCAAGAGAUAAAUAAGACAACCGUGUCUCCUUCUACAACUGUACUCCCAUCUGAGACCACAGAAACAAGUCCUGCUACUACAGCUGCCGCUGCUCCGAAAACACCUGUGACGUCCAACAAGACAGACAAAGCUGCUGCCUCAGGGAACAACCCAGAUAGAGGAUUGGCAACAGAUACCCACACGAGCAAAAGAAACGGAGCGUGGGGAGCUGUGCUGGGAACGGGUGUGGCUGUUGCCAUCGUGGGACUGGUGGCCUAUGUCAUCCUGAAGAAGAAACAACAGAAGGGUUUCACUCACAGGAAACUGGUUGAGCAGUUUCCUUCAGACCCAGUUCUCAGAUUAGACAACAGCGAGCCUUUGGACUUGAAUUUUGGAGUUGGUCGUUCUGCCUAUUACAACCCUGGACUCCAAGGGGACAACAUCCAAAUGAGCAACUUUCCGUGACGUCACAGACACUAAAAAGACUCCAAGUACACAAGUCAUGGACUACCUUCAAACAAAGUUGACCAAUUAUUGUAUAUUGGCAUUUGAUAGACGAAAUGUUUUGUUGGAAUUUUAAGACUAAGACUGUCUGAAAGUGAAUUGUGUGGAUGGAAAAGGGUUUUUGAAGAUCCGCUUUCAGCCAUUGCAAAUGAUACUUCAAACCUUAUACUAUACAUGUGUCGUGUUGACUAUAAUUAUGCAUUCAAUUAGAGAGACUACUGAUCUAUAUGACCCAACAGCCAAAAUAACGAGCAGCCAUUUUUGUAUGUUGCCAAAUGAUAUCAAAUUAAGUUUUGCCUGAAGAACAAUAUGUUUUGCAAUUAAUUAAGAAUGUCAAAAAUGUAUACUUUGUUUGAUUUUUGUAUAAUUUGUUUACAUGAAUAGGAGCUCCACAAUCUCUACAGGACAAGCAAAACAAAAACAUUAGCAUAUAAUCAGAUCAGCUAAAGAGGAAAUACCAAAAAAGGAAAACAAGUGCUGUUAGUCUGCAGCCUAAACAGCAGAUCAUACGGGCGGCCUGUGGAGGCAUUUGCAACAUAAUCAAGAAGCCACGGUGAACAAUAAUCAUGUGUAUAUCAACAAUCAACUGCUAGUAUGGCAUAAGGAAGGUAGUAAGAAGUUCAAUUUGAUACGUACUUUCAGAGUUUUCAUAACUGGCAAUCACAGCACGAGUCUGACAAAAGAACCGUCAAACCAAAGACCUGCUUGUUUCUUUUAAACCAGCUAGGGAGGAUGGGUGCUGUUUUGUUAUUCAUAGACUGAGGUUUUGGUAUUCUGGAAGGGAUUCAUGUAUUUGGUCUUAGCAUUAUAGCAGCAACUAUUGUAUAUCAUCAUAAUAUACUGCUUAAAUCUUCUGACCUCCAGCUGUCCAAACAGAGAUUUCAGUUUCUCAUUUGGACACCUCGAAGAGUUACAUAGUGUUUACCUGCUGUGUAGUGCGAGCAAAGUUAUAAAAAAUUGAUACUGAAUUAAAAUAAAUAAUUUAAACAUUGGUUUAACUUUGAGUGACAACCUUUUGGCAGGAAACUGGUCUCUGUUUUGACUGAUACAAUGUAGUUUGGCAAUGGAGGGACAUAGGGAUGCACUACACUACUUUAAUGUAUCUAACGCCUUUGUAUAUAAAUGUAUUUCUAAACGUAUGACUUGUCUAUGCUAUACAAAAUAAACUUCUAUAAAUGUUUAUGUGAAGAAAAUA